AUAACCGGCCAGUCGUCGAGACGGUUUCCGAUCGCUUCUUCAAUGUUAUCGAUUUCAUUGAACAUAUCUAAUACGUUGUUCAUCAUUUCUUACCGCACCGUUGAUAUAAGUCGGCGGCGGCCGUUCUAACGUAACAAGAAAAAAAAAAAAAAAACAGUACUGAACCACGGUAUUUGCAGCCUUCGAAAUACCGGCCCGACCGCUUCGCAUAAACCGUCCGAGGCGUUGGAUUGUCAUCGCAGAGUAAAUACAAUUAUUGUCCGCGUACGACAACGAUUGUCACAGGGGGAGGUGGGGGGAGAACAAAAUUCGUUCUAUCGCAUCGACCAUGUCCGUUCCGCGGUAGCCGUGAGGCCCGUCACUUAUUAGCCACCGACCGGACGGUCGCGACGUAUUGAAUUUUAAAUUGUGACCCGUGACCCGCGGAACUGAUUUAUUUGUUUAAAUUGGUAACGUCGCACGCACGACGUGAUAACGUCUAUUUACUUGAUAUUAUCACGAGAACUGCGCAACACGGAUAACACGGGUCGCCGCCGCUUUGUUCUUCGUGACGACGUUGUUAUGCAACCAGAUUGAAGGCUGGGGAACACAAGCCCGCAACUGUCAACGCUUUGUUAUGUAGUUCAGUACCCGUCGGAUGUACGACAUUUAUUAACAUUCACCGUUAUUGUGUUCCGUUUUUCCUCUUGUGAUUCAAAAAAAAAAAAAAUUUAAAUUUCGAUUCGACUUAACGAUUAUACAUCGCAGUUCCAACCGGAUAUGACGUGAUAUCUGUCCUGAACGAUUACGAGAUCAAUCCUCGGCGGCUACGUCUCCAAGGGCCUACGUUUUUCACUUGACUUCUCACGACCGUUUUGGUCCACGCCAACAACACGCUCAAAAUGGAAAAGGUCGAGGAAAAUAAUGUUGAGGUGAGCACGAUGGGCAGUAUCCAGGAGCCGGAAAAAAGUUACAAAGUCGCCAACUCUGAUCCUAACUCUGAGGUCAAAUUCAAACUAACAUUAGAACCGACCAUGAUGCUCUUGCUUCUUGGUGUUAACAUUAGCAUGAUGGUGCAAACUAAUUUGUUUGAAGAACGCAUGUGCCUUCAUACAGCUCUAGGACAAAACAAAUCUGUAAAUUGUCAUAAUUUGACAGCGGCCGAACAAGAAAUAAUUCAACCCGCUGUAGCAGACUUGCAGAUGAUUAAAAAUCUCAUUGAAACGUUAGUGCCUAGUUUCAUGGCAUUAUUUUUAGGACCUUGGAGUGAUGUAAAUGGUCGUUUGCCUUUAAUGUUAUCGUCAAUAUCAGGUGUUGUAUUAUCUAACUGUAUGUACUGUGUAUUUUCUACUAUACCUGCAUUGCCACCAAUAACAUUUUUACUAUGCAGUUUACCUCUUGCUGUAAGUGGAGGCACCGGAGCACUUUUUAUAGCUUCUUUUUGUUAUAUUGUUGACAUCACAGAUUUUAGAACCAGAGCUUUCAGGUUAGGAGUUCUACAAUUUUUUAUAUCUUUUGGUUCAAUUAUUGGGUCACUACUGAGUCCAUUACUAUACAAUAAAUCCUCUACUUAUGCUUUUGCUUUAUCGUCCAUGUCUACAAUUGCUGGACUUCUUUAUACAUCUUUUUUCCUUAAAGAGACCGUUAUCAUCAAAGAGGGUGUAAAUACUAAACUUUUCAAUGUUACUUUAGUAAAAGACAUGUGGCUAACUGUUGUAAAACAACGUUUUGGAUUUUUAAGAAGCAUAAUUAUAAUAUCUGCAGUAGUGUUAACUCUUAAUUUGAUCAUUUUGUUUGGAGAAGAUGCAUUGAUGUACAUGUACUUGCAAAAGCAAUUUUCGUGGACUUUAGAAAACUUUACAUUAUUUAACACCUAUGCAACAUUAUUAAGUGCCUGUAUUCCUGCAGCUGGUUUAUAUGUAUUAAGUACUAGACUUCAAAUACCUGAUAUGUAUCUAGCUACUGCUGCUACAGGACUACGUAUUAUUGAAAAAGUUGGUCUAGCUUUUGCAGUGCAUACUUGGCAGUUUUAUGCUGUAAAAAUAUUUGGCUGUGUUGUAUUUACUAGUGAACCCUUAGUCCGAUCUCAACUAUCUAAGAUUUUUCCAUCAGAAGAUUUAGGUAAAAUUUAUGCCUUUAUUAGUGCAGUGGAAGGUUUUGGAAUGUUACUGGGAUCUCCAAUUUAUACAACAGCAUACAAUAUGACAAUUCACAACUUUGCUAACUUUAUAUUUUUUUUGUCCUCUUUUCUAGGCACAUUUGUUUUAGUUUUAUAUAUACUCACAUUAUUUUUACUUUCAAGAAGUACUAAAUCAGAAAAUUUGUUGAUUGAUAACUAGUUUGGGCUUGUAUAAAGAUUAUAGACAAUUUUUACUAAUAUUGUUCAUUUUUUUUUUUAGCACUGCUAUUGAUAUGACCCUUAAUUUUGAACUCUUGCCAUCACUUAAAAUAUUCAAAU